AUGAUUUCUCCGUCCAUUCCAACGCCCGAAAACACCCGAAGGCCCAAAAAGACAACCCAGAAACGCGCCCCCGUCACCACCAAGCUACGAAAGAUCCAGGAGAUUCCCGUUGGCGAGGACGGACAGCCGGUUCUUCCCAUGCAGAUUGGCAUCAUGACACUGCACUCCCUUGGCGCCGUUGUCACCGAUCGCGAAAACUUUCAUUCCGAGCGAUACAUUUACCCCGUGGGAUACUGUGUCUCCAGGCAAUACGCCAGCAUGAUCGAUCCCGAGCGCUCCGUCAUUUACACCUCACGGGUACUCGAUGGAGGAGACGGCCCUCGCUUCCAUGUCGUGGCUGAGGAUAUGCCCGAUAAGCCCAUCGUGGCCAACUCUGCAACCGGUGCUUGGACAACCAUCAUCAAAAACGCCAAUCAACUCCGAAAUCGUGAGCAUAGCAACAGCGCCUCCGGUCCGGACUAUUUCGGCUUCUCGCAGCCUUCCAUCGCCAAGAUGAUUCAGGACCUUCCUGGCGCUGAUCUCUGCAAGAGCUACGUUCAUCAGGAGGUGAGAUACCAGCAUCUGCGGUCUUGGCUUCCCUUGGCUUCCCUCGGCUGUAUCGGCCUUUGA